AUGGUCAUGCGCAUUGGGUACCAGAUCGCGCUCUCUCCUCCCGACGGCGUCGAGGCGCGCCCGGACUGGAGCGCGCUGUCCGACGUGUGGCGCGAGCACGUGCUGCCGCACGCGGUCACGCAGACCACAGUCGAGAACGGACAGGCAGCGUCACCCCCACGACCUAAUCGGCCGUAA